GCCCUCGACUAAACGACUCCAACCAACCCGGAACUUUUCAUCUAACUAAUCAUUCCUGAAAACUUGCUGCGAGGAGUUUCCUUCUGCUUUUCCGACGAGUUCAGAUGUAUCUCUAAGUAAAAAGUGACUUCUGGGAACUGAGGGUUUGUUCCUUGUGAAGGAAACAAAAAAAAGACCGUUGCAAAUGUUCCUCGCUCCGACUGCGGCGGCUCCUGCAGGACAGUAGACCUCGACUUGUCUUUUCAAACCAGCUAGAGAGUGGUGGAGUCAAGAGGUGCCAAAAUGCCACAGCAGAAGGACAUAGUGAAGAUAGCCAUCCAGAUGCCUGGGGCCUACCCCCAGCUCAUACAGCUGGACCAGAAAAAGCCUCUGUCCGCUGUAAUAAAGGAGGUGUGUGAUGGCUGGAAUCUCCCAGGUCCUGAGAACUACGCUCUGCAGUAUGCUGAUGGAGUACAGACAUACAUCACUGAAUCUAAUCGCCUGGACAUUAAGAACGGUUGCAUUAUGCGUCUGACCAAGGCACCGGGUCGCUGUGCAGAGGACUUGUUCAAAGGCAUCCAGAGCUCGGACUCAGGCGUGCGCUGCGAUUCGCUGAAGGAACUGGCAGGCGUUUCCACAGACGUCACGUUUGCUCAGGAGUUCAUCAGCCGGGACGGACACCUCUUAUUGGUCAAGAUAGUAGAGGAUUCUAAUGAGAGUAAUGUGAUCAUGACCCACACACUGACAGGCUUCAUGGAACUGAUGGAUCAUGGGAUAGUUUCUUGGGAGAACCUCUCGUCUGUCUUCAUCAAGAAGAUUGCCGGCUUUGUCAACGCCAAGCCGACUGAUGCAUCAAUACAGCAGGUGUCCUUGGACAUUCUGGAGAGCAUGGUGCUGAGCAGUUACAGUCUCUUCCUGCAGGUCAAACAGGAAGUCACCAUGGAGAGGCUAAUCGCUCACCUCCAGGUGACAAAUCAGCAGAUACAGACCAAAGCCAUGGCCCUACUUAUGGCCCUACUACAGACAGCCGGAGACUCAGACAGACAGGAUAUGUUUGCAUUUCUGAAUAAGAAGAAUCUCCGUCAGUACAUUUAUAAGAACAUCAUCCAUAGUUCUGGUUCAGUCCAGGAUGAGAUGGCCCACUACCUCUAUGUCCUACAGUCAGUUACUUUGAAUCACCUGGAACCUCGCAUGAGGACGCCGCUGGACUGUUACAGCCAGGAGCAGAGAGACAUCCUCCACAGUUUGCGACAGGCAGCCUUUGAGACAGAAAGCGAGAACAGUCUGAGCCACGAGAGGCGACGCUCGCUCUGUGCUAAAGAGUUCAAGAAACUGGGCUUCUCUAACAACAGUAACCCUGGUCAGGAUCUGGUACGGACGCCUCCCGGCCUUUUAGCUUUGGACACCAUGUUUUAUUUUGCCUCACGCUAUCCUGAUGCCUACAGCAGGUUUGUUCUGGAGAACAGCAGUAGGGAGGACAAACAUGAAUGUCCAUUUGCCAGGAGCAGCAUACAGCUCACACUCAUCCUGUGUGAAAUUCUUCGUAUUGGAGAGCCACCCUCAGAGACGGGAUCUGACUACCACCCCAUCUUCUUCAGUCAGGAUCGACUCUUGGAGGAGCUUUUCUGUGUCUGCAUUCAGCUGCUCAACAAGACCUGGAAAGAGAUGCGAGCCACGCAGGAGGACUUUGACAAGGUGAUGCAGGUGGUGAGGGAGCAGAUCACCAGGACGUUGUCCAGUAAGCCGACCUCGCUGGAGCUCUUCAAGAACAAAGUCAACGCUCUCAACUACAGCGAGAUCCUCAAACUGCGGCAGACAGAACGGCUGCACCAGGAAGAGACUCUCGCUCCACCUGUACUUGAGCUCAAAGAGCGCCUGAAGCCAGAGCUGCUCGAGUUGAUCCGCCAGCAGAGGCUCAACAGGCUGUGUCAGGGAACGAUGUUCAGAAAGAUCAGCAGCCGACGCAGGCAGGAUAAACUGUGGUACUGCCGCUUGUCACCCAAUCACAAAAUGCUUCACUACGGCGAUGUGGAGGAAGACAUGGAAAAUCCACCAAUAGAAACACUGCAAGAGAAGAUUCCAGUUGCAGAUAUCAAAGGCCUGCUGACAGGAAAAGACUGUCCUCACAUGAAAGAGAACAAAGGCAAACAGAACAAGGAGGUCCUGGACCUGGCGUUUAGCAUUACGUAUGAUGUAGAAGAGUACAGUUUGAACUUUAUCGCACCCUCCAGAACUGAUUUCUGCCUGUGGACAGAUGGACUGAACGUUCUCCUGGGCCGGGAGAUGAGCAGUGAAUCCAUGCGCAGCGAGCUGGAGAUCCUCCUCUCUAUGGAGAUCAAGCUCCGGCUCCUGGACCUCGAGAACGUCUCCAUCCCUGACAGCGCGCCCCUCGUCCCCAAACCGCCGAGCAACUUCAACUUCUGCUACGACUUCAGCCAGACUGAGCAGUAGAGUGUGUGCACAGGCUGCAGUGCAACUAGGAUGUGUGAGUGUGUAAAUAUAUAUGUGUGUGUGUGUGUGUGUGUGUGUGUGUGUGUGUGUGUGAGAAAGAGGAGGCGUGUACGUGAGAUCUGACCUGUGCGUCCAUGCACUUAAUAACACAGAUUCAUAAUCCUGACAUUAGACUUUUCUUCAGUGGCCCGAUUCUUUACAUCCAAGUGAGACAAUGAAAACAUGGAACGAGCCGCUGAUGUUCAGCUGUUCUUCUUCUCUGCUCCUCAGCUGUCUGGAAACUUCAGAAAUUUCCAAAAACAACAGCAACUUGGAUAAAUGAGAUUCUUGAUGUUAUAUAAUACCACCACUCAAGUAAUGGUACUUUAAUUUUGUGUUGUAAUCAGUUUUAUAUUUCUAAAUAUAUCUAAAACUAUGUAGGAUACAUGGAAUAUUCCUGUGUGCGAGGCUGCUUAUUACUGGUUGAGGCUACAGGUGCUCUGAUCCGGUUGCGCUCAUUUGUUUGUUUGUUUUUUGUAAAUGGGCAUUAACUAGAACACAGUGCUUUCUCAACAUGUGGUACAGGUUAGACUUAUUUCCAAAGUGUGACAUAGAAAUACAGCAUAUUUCUGAUGUUGGACAAAUAUUUUGCUUAUACGUACCUAUAGGUACUCGCCUUUGUACGGAUCCCAGUGGCUCAGUAAUGAUUACUGUGGAGCAGAGAUACUCUGAAAGCUCUGUGUGACUUAUUGUUUUGCAGUAAUGCAGAUUAGGUACCAAGCUGACUUUUUAUUUCUUCUUGUUAUUAAGCGUAACAAUAGGUAAUUGUUGCUACAAUCAACUUUUUGACAACUACAAGAAAAAAAACUAGCAACAACCAACAAUCAUUCCUGUGAAUCUGUACGACACAGUGAGCAAUCGAUGAUCGCUGGCUCUGCCUGAACUGUCUCGCCUCAAACCCUGAAUUAACUCUAAAAACGGACUGUUGAGUGUUUGCUGCUUUUUCUUUUUUGGCAUUUGGUUAUUUCAUUUCAGCAGAGUCACGACUUCCCUCUGCAGUGCAUUCCUGACACACCACCCUCUGUGAUGAUAAUCAUGCACCUUGGGCGACUUCACAUGAAUAAACAGUUUGAUUUAUACUGAGAA